AUGGCCUCUACUGCAUUUGCAGGUUCAUGGAGCUCGCUGCCCACCUCUUUGACUCCCUGGAUAUUCGAUGUAAUUCAAUCCAUGGGACAUACCCAAAUGACGCCUGUUCAAGCUUCCACAAUACCUCUAUUCAUGAAGAAUAAGGAUGUCGUUGUUGAAGCCGUCACAGGCUCGGGAAAGACCCUUGCCUUUGUAAUACCCAUUCUCGAGCGCCUUCUUCGACGAGAACGUCGGCUACGCCAGAAUGAAAUCGGUGCCCUCGUUAUAAGUCCUACUAGAGAACUUGCAACACAGAUACAUUCCGUGUUCUCCACCUUCCUCUCUGCACAACCAUUAGAAGAGACACAUCAAGGGUUGCCGCUGCCUCUCUUGCUGAUAUCUUCGACAGAGUCAUCGCCUGCACAGGAUGUUCAGCGUUUCUUAGAAUGCGGAUCAGACAUAUUUUUACUGGGUAAAGGAAAAUCGCAUGUCAACGUGAAGGAGCUGGAAGUAUUGGUUCUGGAUGAAGCUGACCGACUCCUGGACCUUGGCUUCCAAGCAACUCUUACCAAGAUACUCACGCAUCUCCCCAAACAACGUCGAACAGGCCUGUUUAGCGCAACUAUGACCGAUGCUGAUGCAAUGUCGGAGCUGGUGAGAGUAGGACUACGAAAUCCUGCAAGACUCGUCGUCAAAAUACAGUCCAAGAAGGGCCAGAAGGUCGUUGAAGAACGGCGGACGCCAGCAAACCUCUCCAACUUAUAUCUGACGUGCCAUACGUCGGAAAAAUUCAUCGUGUACUUUGCCACCGGCGCAUGUGUCGACUACUUCUAUCACAUACUACCUUCUCUGCUCCCUUCGCAAUAUACUCUCCAUUCACUGCACGGUCACCUCACUCCCGCUGCUCGUACACGAACACUCACUGCAUUCUCUUCUUCCAUUUCCACACCCGCCUCACCUUCUAUCCUGCUUGCAACAGAUGUCGCUGCCAGGGGCCUUGAUCUUCCCCACGUCGAUGUAGUAAUCCAGUUUGAUCCUCCAACGGAUCCAAAGGCGUUCUCUCAUAGAUGUGGAAGGACCGCCAGGGCAGGUCGAAGUGGAACGGCGUGGGUUAUUUUAGUUGGAAGGGAAGUGGGAUACGUAGAUCUCAUGGCUGUCCGGAAGAUUCCUUUGAAGCGGCAUGGUUUUCUCCUAGCCAAUGGCCAAGAGAGCGAUGAAGAGGAAGAAACGCGUCCUGAAGACCCUGAAGUCGGCGAAUUCCUGCAGAAAAUUCGGACCAAGGUGCUUGCGGAUCGCGCCCUGAACGAUCAAGCCAUGAAAGCGUUCGUAUCUUUCGUGCGCGCUUACUCCAAGCACGAAGCGUCGUACAUCUUUCGGAUAAAGGACUUUGACCUCAUCAGCGCAGCCAAGAGCUACGAAUGCCAGAGCUCAAACAGGGGAGAUCGGGAAGGGUGGGAGGACGCUGAUGUUGAUUGGGACACAUACGCCUAUCUUGAUGCCGCACAAGAAGCCAAGCGGCUCGCCGCAGCGGCAAAGCCUAAAGUGUCCGAAGAGGAGCACAAGAAGAUAAAAGAGCAAAAAGAGCAAAAGAAAAAGGCCCAGGCUGCGUGGAGCAACAAGGCUGUAAAGCACGAAGAGAAAGAGCGGAGGAGAGAAAAAAGGACCAAGAAGAAACAGUGGGAGAAGGCACAGGAGAACGAGAAAAAGAGACAGCGUCAGGCCGAAGACGAGAAAGAGGAUGAUGAGGAUUGGGCCGAACUCGCCAAAGAAGAGAGGAUGGCUAAGAAGGUGAAGCGUGGCGAUGUCGCGCAGAAAGAUUUCGACAUGGAAUUAAGGGGAUCCCACAUAGAAAACAACGGUUUAAACAUCAAUCCUAGUUCAAAGUAA